AUGCAAAUUAUUUUCAAGGAUUUUAAAAAGCAGAAGGUUCCAAUUGAAGUGGAUCUUUCUGACACAGUUUUGGCUACUAAAGAAAAGCUUGCUUCUGAAAAGGAUUGUGAAGUAUCUCAAUUGAAGUUUGUUUAUUCUGGUAAGGUUUUACAAGAUGAUAAAACAUUAGAAUCGUUCAAGAUUAAGGAGGGAGACUCGAUCAUCUUUAUGAUUUCUAAGGCAAAGAAAGCCAGUCCAGCACCGGUACCAGCAAAAGCAGAAGAAAAGACUAGCACAGAUGCUAGUGGUACUACCGAUAGCACUAAUACUAGUGGUACUUCAACUACAGCUGCUGGAGCUUCGACGAACCAGCAAAACUCGGAACCAGGUUCAGCAUUCACUCAAGGUGAUGAUAGAGAAGCAACGAUUCAGAACAUCAUGGAAAUGGGAUAUGAAAGACCCCAAAUUGAAGAAGCUUUAAGAGCAGCAUUUAAUAAUCCACAUCGUGCGGUUGAAUACUUGUUGACUGGUAUACCUGAAUCUUUACAACGCCACGCAGAACAACCAGCAUCAGCACCGGUCGGUGAAUCCACAGCAAAUACUACUAAUGAUCAUGAGGAUGAUCAUGAAAACGAAGGUGAAGAAGGACACGGGGAAAACUUAUUUGAAGCAGCAGCGGCAGCAGCAGCUCAAGGAGAAGGUGGGGAUGCAGCAGGUGGUGUAGGCGGCGCCGAAUCCGGUGCUGACGAACUAGGUGAAGACAAUCAGAUGCGUUUAUUAAGAACUGCUUUGCAAACAAACCCAGAGUUGAUCCAGCCUUUGUUAGAGCAAUUAGCAGCAUCUAAUCCACAAGUGGCAGCCUUGAUCCAACAAGAUCCAGAAGGCUUUAUCAGAAGCUUUUUAGGAAGUGGCGAUGACAUGGGGUUUGAAUUUGAAGAAGGUGAAGGUGAAGGCGCCGAAGGUGCUGGUCAAGGAAACGAACCGGAAACUGUUCGUAUUGCAAUGACAGAACAAGACGAAAGUGCUAUAAAUAGGUUAUGUGAGUUGGGAUUCGACCGUAACUUAGUGAUCCAAGUUUACAUGGCUUGUGAUAAAAAUGAGGAAGUGGCUGCUGAUAUUUUGUUUAGAGAUAUGUAA